CUGUCAGCACGGCCCCUCUGCCCCCGAGGACCCGCCGGGCUCGGCCGUGCUCUGGCGGGAGCCCUGUGGAAGCCGACCCGGGGCACCGCUGGUGCGGCGUGUGCUCUUCAGCCCGGGGCGCCCGGCUCUGCCCCUGAGCCCCCAGAAACGUGUAGCAGACUCACAGGUUUUUUUUUGACUGGCGACGUAAUGCUGCUGCCUGCGAGGCGUGCGUGUGAGAAAAGGCAUGAGCUGCUGUUUAAGCGCUGAGGGUUGAGAUUAGAAAUCAAGGUUUCGGUUCUGCAGUUGACGGCGGGUGAUGUGAGUGAAUUCGAAGGUCUCGUUCUGCAGGAGAGAGGCUGCUCUCUUUCCUGUGAGAGCAGGGUGUUAUGUGAGAAUGUAAACGUGUGAGGCUGCGGGAAACCCAGAGAAGGUGUAUCUGGUACAAAAAGCCUCUUUCCCUUAUCGAGCUCUGCGUAGUAAAUUGCAAUACCGAGAUGUAUAAUUGAGCGCUGUCAGUAUUCUGUAAAAUACCACAUAUAGUCUUCAACUGUGCCAUGGGAGGUUUAGGCUGGACAUUAGGCAGAAUUUCUUCACAGGAGAGGUAAUUAGACGUUGGAAUGGGCUGCCCAGGGAGGUGGUGCAGUCAUGGUCCCUGGAGGUGUUUAAGGAAAGCCUGGAGGUGGCACUUGGUGCCAUGGUCUAGUCAACACGGUGGUGUUCGGUCGUAGGUUAGACUCGAUGAUCUCAGAGGUCUUUUCCAACCUAAUUGAUCCUGUGAUUCUGCGAAGGUGCUACUGUGUUGCCAGUAAUCCAGGGGUUGCUGUCAAGUGAAGGAUCUGGUCCCAAUUCCGCAGGCUCAUGUGGCUGUCUGCUGCUUGGAUCUGUUCAGAUUCACAUAGAAAUGGAAGGGAGGUGAAAAAACACAGGUGGAUUUUGAAAAACUUUAAGCUUGAUACAGCUUAAAUACCACAGUAUGGGAAAAGUACUAAUAGUUGUGGCCAUCUGCACAAAGCACAUAACUGUAUGUUUAACUCUUCAUUUAUUUUUCCUUCAAGCAGCUCUGCAAAAGAUGAAUUUCUGUACAAAAUCAGACACAGAUAAUACAGUUUGGGCAUGUUUGAGACAUACAGUUGAAACCCCAUAUUUUCAGUUCCUGCAAAUGGAAGAGCAAUCUUCAUAUAAAACGUUUAAGAUUUUUAAAACCUUCACUGAGUACUCCUUCUGAAGCUCUGAGGCAAGUUUGCCAAAUCUGGGGCUGCAUCAUCGUUCUGCACAUCUGGAAGUGGUUUAUGGGCUCUCAUUCCUCCAGUGCAGCGUCUGGACUCCGUGCUAUUCCUCAGCAGCAGAGAAAGAAAAGAAAACCAUUACAACUCCAAAGUAAACUUUGAAGAGUCUGAAAAAGGAAUUGAAUCGUAAAACUGUUACUGUGCCCUGUAAGGCCCUUUGUGCGGGUGACUUCAAAGGAGGAUGAUGGUCAAGGAGGCUUUGGCAAGAGUGCUCACAGCUGUGGGCUAUCUAGGAUCCAAGUAAAUAGCUCCUCAGCGCUUCAGAAGAGAGGAGUCCCGAAUACUGUGCUGCUUUGAAGAGAUCACAGUUCUCAUCCAACACGACAAUGGCUCUUUUAAAGAAAAUUAACCAGAUCUUACUGUUACUUCUUGUCUUAACUGUGUGUGCCAUUCUGUAUAACAAAGUUCACCAAGUGCCAUUGACGUUAAAAAAUGAAACAGUUGAUUUGGAGAGUCCUGAGGAAAUGGAAGAAGAAAUCCCAGUGGUGAUCUGCGCUGCUGCGGGCAGGAUGGGUGCAGCUGUAGCAGCCAUCAGUAGCAUCCACAGCAACACAGAGGCCAGUGUUUUGUUCUACAUUGUUGGGCUGAAGACAACCAUCCCACACAUUCGAAAAUGGAUUGAAAAUUCUAAACUGAAAGAAAUAAAAUUUAAGGUUGUAGAAUUCAACCCUAUGGUGCUAAAAGGAAAAAUCAGACAAGAUGCAUCACGUCCUGAGCUACUGCAGCCUCUGAACUUUGUUCGAUUUUAUCUUCCUUUGCUUAUCCAGAAACAUGAGAAAGUAAUAUAUUUGGAUGAUGAUGUUAUUGUUCAAGGUGACAUCCAGGAACUCUAUGAUACUAAGUUGUCUCCUGGACAUGCUGCAGCUUUUUCAGAUGAUUGUGAUCUGCCUUCUACACAUGAAAUGAUUAGAAGUGUAGGGAUGCAGAACACAUACAUGGGAUUCCUGGACUACAGAAAGCAAGCCAUCAGAGAUCUUGGCAUCAGCCCCAGCACCUGUUCCUUUAAUCCUGGAGUAAUUGUUGCUAACAUGACUGAAUGGAAACAUCAGCGGAUUACGAAGCAGUUGGAAAAGUGGAUGCAAAGAAAUGUAGAGGAAAACCUCUACAGCAGCACCCUUGGGGGAGGUGUGGCAACCUCUCCAAUGCUGAUUGUAUUUCAUGGAAAGUAUUCCUCUAUUAAUCCUAUGUGGCACAUAAGGCAUCUUGGUUGGAGUCCUGAUGCCCGUUACUCAGAGCAAUUUCUUCAAGAAGCUAAAUUACUUCACUGGAAUGGGAGAUACAAACCUUGGGACUAUCCCAGUGUCCACACUGAUCUGUGGGAAAACUGGUUUAUUCCUGACCCUUCAGGGAAGUUCAAAUUAACUCGUCCUGAUAGCUGAUACUGAAACAACUUAAAUACUGCCAAACAUAGUGUAUUGGAUGCAUGUAAUAGUUUGAGACGCAGCAUAUGAGGAAUAUGAUUAACUGAUUCUAGAAAACGAAGUAUUUGUUAAAUAUAUGAAUAACUGACCAUCACUUUUGUGUGCUUAGGGCUUGAGAGGGAGGCUGGAGUGACCAUUACAUGGUUCAGAUUAUCCUGACUUUCAUGUGAGGUGAGGAACUAGGUUUACUUGACAGUGAAGUAUUUUCAUUAUACAUUUACAGAGGUAAAACUCGGUGCCAGACAGUGUACUUUAAUUUAAGGUCUUUAUAAAUAAGACUCCAAUGUCUUCUGGUAGAAAGACCUACCCAGCAGAUACCUGCAGUAUUACACACAAGGUGUCUUAGGUUGUCUGGCCCACAUUGAAGAGCAUGAAAUGAGAUCUUAGGCAUAUGUUACUGAGUAGAGUUGUGUUGAGUGGUGACUCUGUUUUGAGGCGUUUCUGUGUAUGACACAUCCUGUAGUGCACUUAGACCUUCGCUAGCAACAUGUGAAAGCACAUUCCGAGACACUGCAGUACAAUUCCUGAUUUUAUUGUGAAACAUGGAUAGAUUUAAGACAGAUUAAGAACUUCUGUAUUACUGUAACAAAAAGAGCACCAGUUCUGAGGGAGGACACAUAGAAUUGCAGUAUUUAGUGAAACGGUCAUUGUAGACUUAACUGUAUUUUGCAUCCAGUGACUCCUUUAAAGAAGACACCUUUCCCUUCCACUCAAAGAGGAUAGCCUUUCAGGAGUUAAAUCCUACUGUGCUACAUACUCAGCAGUGCUAAUUCCAUGCUUCCAAUUUUGUUGAAAAUAAAAUAAUUGAAUUGUAACAAAUCCCUGAUGCAAGAUACUUUGAGCACCUGCAGGAAAACACCCAUGUAAACAGCAAUACAUGAUACAGUACACUUUAAAUAACAGACAAGUCCUAUACCUUUCUGACAAUAUACAGAAUAGCUUUAUGCUGAAGCUAAUAAAAACAAUCAGAAUCAUAAUGCACACUUUCUUGAUUUAAGACGCUCAGAAUUAAGCCACAUAAUUUGGGAAAAAACUGUAAACAUCAUGCCUGCCUCAUAACAGGUUGACAGUGUGCGAUCUCAGUGAGAGCUGUUAUAGCAAGAUUAGAACCUACACUAACUAGUUACACACAACUGACAACCGUUGCUGGCUGUGAAGAAAGGAUAAAUCACACCCUACAGGACUCUCUGGCCCGCACGGAGUGUGGAGAUACUGUUUGUAUCUGUUUUUCAAGUACGUGAAGCACCAACUAUUAUAAGAUCAUCAAAACUGUAGUGUUUUGAUCAGCUUAUUGCUUUUACUUCAUUUCUUCCUCACAUGAUAAAGGAGGGAAAGAAGACGAUGGUUAAGCACCAGGAUGGAAUCUUGUUUCUUUCUCAAUAACUAAUAUUGGUCAAAAAUCUAUAUCAUUUAGGCAAGUUCCUCAGAAGAGAGCUGUAGUUUCUACAGCCAACUUCUCAUUCAUAGAACAGCAGCUCCUAUACUUAACUCAGUAUUUUUUGCUUGUAAGAGGAAUAAGAAGACCACCCUCUACAGACUGAAGAGAACGGAAUGUUAAAACCUGCUAAAUUGCAAACUCUUUUCACCCUGUGCUAAUUGUACAUGAUGUAAACAAUGUAGCUGUAUGUGAUUUUUACAGAGAAUGCAGCCUUUCAAUUCCCUGACAUGUAAUCUGUUUGAAGGGGUUGUCUACUGCUGAAGGUCAUGUGAAGAGACUAAUCACACAGUAACAACAGUGUUUGAAUGCUACAGAAUUGAAGAACCACCACUGUUGUUUGUUUUGGGGCUUUUUUCAAGGAAUUCCAGUUCCUUACAUUGUAAUUUCAGAGGGAAAGAGAUAGAGUGGUAGGGAUAUCUUACCAUAAGCCAGCUCAGCUAGAAUAUUUAGGCCCUGUCCUGUGUGACACAAAUUUUCCUCCCCAGUGUUGUGACUUGAGAGAUGUCUUCACUCCCUUGAUCCUGAAUAUGGUCCACUCACCAAGCAGACAGAGCUCUCUCUUCCCACCCAGAAGAUACUCAGUACUCACAGCUGCAGAGUGCAACUUUCUGCACUUUUUAAGAAGGUAAAAGGCAGACUUAAAAAGCACAAUUUCCUUAACUGUGCCUGAUUAAAAAUAUCGCUUCACAUAAGUUAAGGGUACACUUCCCAUUUUCCCUUCUGGAUAUAAAAAGAUUGUGAGAUAUCCAAAUAUUGAGGCAUCAGUAAGAAGUAUACUGCUGCUGUUAUUACUACAUUACAAUUCAUGAAAUAAAAUUAACGCCCAAAAGAAAUCUUCACAAAUGAGAAAGCAAUUUGUCAAAACCUGCAAGAAAUGGCAUACAUUAAAUAUAAAACUCAUAUACAAAAAAGGGCUAACUUUUUUAAAAAAAGUUUGAACAGUUCCUUAAAAUCAUCUAGUUCAUCGAUUUCAGCCUACCACACACUUACUUUGGACUAUAAUAAAAUAACUAGGGGAGAUAAAAUACUAUUAAAAUGCUUCAGUUGGAGAACCGAGGUACCAAUCUUGGUCACUGCAUUAAAACUGCAGCAUGGAUGCAUAGCUGAGAAGGAACAGCCCCUACACGCUGCUUCCCUCGUCUUCCUGUGUCACACCGGCACUGAACUCUGGAAUCUGGUCUGCAAAGGACUGUGUCAUCCAUUGUCCAUUAGGAACUACACCGAAGGACGGCCCCUCGCAGUGCUGUGGAUCGCUUCCCGCUGAAACAAAACAAAAAUCCCACUGUUUACAAAAUGCAGCUGACAGCCCUGAGUCCUUGUUCCCAAGCAGUGGUUGACAGCCCGAAUGCCCAGAGCGCUGCACUUUACCCGUUCCAUUGGAAGAGAAGCUGCACUGCUCACUGUCAUACGGUGCACGAUCACAGUAAGCUCCUCCAUACGCUGCUUCAUAGCCUGGGUCAUAUUUUUCUUCUUUGACAGCCAUCUUUUUAGCAUCCUCUGCAGGAACAGAACACCUCAAGUAUUAAUAUUUAGAACAAACAUUAUCAAAGAGCACUUUUAUCAGAAAACACUUGAAAAACAGCCACAAAUUCUACAAGAUAAUCCCCUGCUCUCCUUAUAGAAUUUAGGCUGUACUAUGAAGAGAGUUGGAAUCUGUAAUUCUACACAACACAGUUUAGAAAAGAUGGCACAUCUGCCUCCCUCUCCCCCAUCCCCCAUUAAAUUCUUUAUUUCUUUCUUGCUUGGGAAACUUCUAGUUGUCUUGUACACUACACUGCAUUUUAAUAAAGGGUUAACAAAAUAAGCACUGUACCUUGUGCAAGUUGCAAGUCGAAUGUAUACUGCACCUCCUGCACGUCUGUGUUUGGUGUGAUGCCUUUCAGUUGGUCCCUUAAGUCUUUCAGCUUUAUGUAAUAAUGAACUUUAUCUUGUGCCCGGGGAAACUGAGCACAUCUUGCACUGGACGAUGGCAUAACGUAGCAGAGCUUGAGACAAAGAGCAAGAAAAACAGCAUUAUUGAGCUAUGAGUUAAUAUUUAGUGCAUUGAGAACAACUUAACAGUUAAGCCCACUGCUUUAACCCUUUGUACAAACUUCGACUAAUGCCAGAGGUGGUCGUGGAAGGGGCUAAAAGGAGUCUUUAGUUUUUCUUGUCCAGCCAGCUGUCUUGCCCUGAAGACAGGGGCCAAUUAUCAGCUGCCAAAGUGAGGACAAUUUUCACCAGUUAUUUAUGUGCUGCAGGAGAAGCAGUACCAGUGUGCGGUACAAGAAAUUUGCAGUGUGUGCCAGAGAUUGGAGCACACUGCAGAGCUCCCUGAGCAAGCAGAGCCCUGAGCCAGAGAGUCCACAGAGGAGUUCGUGGCAGCAUGCAAACAGCCCACACCAGUGAGGGAGGCACCAUGGGUUAAUUAGCUUGGCUUCUGGGCCAAGAGCAUCCACAGCACACAUGCCAGGGUGUGAAACUGCAGUUAGUCAGUAUGGUUGGAGCCAACUCAAGUGUCUCUGCCUCUGCCAACAGCCUUAACUAAAGACAUCAAGUUAGUUGAGCAAAAACAAACUGUUCAAUCCUUUUAUCGCCAUGCAGUAUUUACGAACAAGUACCAGUAAAGGGGAUUAUUUAUCUUUCUUACAAAUACAUCUGCUGCAGAAGUCUUUAAGAGCUACUUAAGAAAGCAAGCACUUUAUCAACAACAGUUCUUCAGGCUCUAAUGGCAACACUUCACCUUUAGAGAAAGACAGCUUAAACUUGCUGCACUAGUAAUUUGGGACAGAAAUAAGAAGAAAAACAAUCCAAACCUUUGAACUGACAAGGUAAUGAAGCUUUAGAAUAAGCUACCUUGGCAGGUAGUGUAAUUGCCUUUGCCCUAACCUGUUUAUAAGAACAUGUUAAACAAACCUAUUUCUGAUGAUAAAUAGCUGGUCUAUUGAGAUACUUUCCAGCACUAGAUGUCUGUGACUAAUGCACUCUUCAUCAAAUUGUUUGUUUUAUCUUCAGUACCCAAUUGAACUUCAAACUGCAAAUCAGCCCAAGGAGGUCCAGACUGAUGGCAGUGCUUGGGCAUGCCCAGCUCCUGUAAUGCUGUAGUGGUUGUGUGUAAUGGCACAGUGAUGGACUUGCUGUUCUUUCUGCCCCACAGUGGCACUACCACCACCAUGGUCAUGUUCAGUAUUAAAGUUCAGUAAUACAAAUAUCCAGCAAAUUGGACACAGGAAAUCAGAUUAAAGUUAUCACAAAAGCAUGCAUGUAUUAUUUGUACUUAGACAGUUGUCAGAGAAUGCACUAACCAACUAAUCAUAAUACACCAUUUCCCAAAUAAAAUCUGCAAGUCUGAAGAAGCUGCAUGAAAGAUGUGUCCGAAAAUUGCACUAUCCCCCUUUCUCUAUUUAAGUAAAAGCCUUUCACACCUGUUGUACUUUGGUCAUUAUCAGAAUGUACUUGGUUCAUUGUCAGAAGUGUAUGCAAGUCCUGAGAUUUUGUUAGUUUUUAAACGGAAUGCCCUGGUUUUGUUUCUUAGUCUCAAUACUCACAGUUUCUGUAUCUGGCACUUUGUGUGGCUGCAGUCCAAAUUCCAGGUUCUUAACUUUAAUUCCGAAAACUUCUCUACUAAAAAUUUCAUAAAUACCUAAAAUAAAAAAAAGAUAGGAUAAGUGUGAAGAAAAAAAAAAGCUAUUAACAGAACAAAUUAAUUUAAAAGUCAAGGUUCUCACAUUUUCCAUUGAAAACUGCUAUACGAGGUUUAUACUUUUGUAGCUUCUGCAUCAGAAUUCGCCCUCCUUCCCGAAUCUCUUUGCUGAAAGAGAAGGUACUCAAGAUUAUAAUCACAACUAUUAAUUCAUUAACAAGCAUGAUAUAUUCCCCCUUGCUGCCCUACCUGGAGAGGUCUUUGCUUCCAGGUGUUGUCCUUUCAACCAUGUUUGUAAAUCCAAUCCCAUAUUUAUGUGGCAAAGUGUGGUCAUCCAUAUGGUUCAGUUGUUCAUUACUUAGACCAGACAUGAACAGACACUUCC